UUUUAUUGCUCGUCUUUGUCGAUAUUUAGUACAAUUUUGAAGCCGGCACUAUCAAGAGCUUUCGUAGUCAAAGGUCGUUAGUUAGAUCAAAGUCUCAGGAGAUUUAUAACUUCGCAUUUAUCAAAAAAUGGCAGAUUUAGAACAAAAAUUCAAUGACGCCGCUGAAAAGGUGAAAAACUUCUCGAAACGCCCAAGUGACGACGAACUUCUCGAGUUGUAUGCUCUCUUCAAGCAAGGCACUGUUGGAGACAACGAAACAGAGAAACCGGGGCUCUUGGAUUUCAAGGGAAAAGCCAAAUGGGAGGCAUGGAACAAGAAAAAGGGAACAGGAAAAGAUGCUGCCAAAGAAGCUUAUGUUAAAUUAGCUGACGAACUUACAGCUAAAUAUGCCUAAAUAUCAAUAUGGAAAAACAAACAAAACAAAAAAGUUGCAAAUAUUGACGUAAAUUAUAUUAACUUUAGUUUAAUUUAGUUUCGAUGCCGUACUCGACACAUCUCUGACACAGAGCUUUUUCUAUAAUUAUCUACAGUGAUUAGAUAAGAUUCAUAAAAAAUUUAAUAUAAUAACAUUUAUUAUUGCUUGUUUAAAAUUUUUGCUUUUCUUGUUGUAUUUAUAAAUAUUUAUAACGAACUUUUUUUUUGCAAAUCUGGAGAUUUUGGAUUUUUAUACUAAAUAUAAAAUGAAAUAAAGACGUAAAUAAUUAUUGA